CCAAAUUUCAGUACCAUUAUUGCAGAGAUUGCUUCCUCACGAGUCAUUGCAUAGAUUUCUCACCAUUCAAAUCCAAGUUUGCCCUCCUCACCAAAAAUCCUAUGCACGAUUGUAGCUUCAGGAGCUAGCUGCAAAAGUGUCACAAUUAUACAAAGUUUCAAGCAAGGAAUUUCACCAACCCACAGUUGCACCAAUAUAAUCCCGUAGACGACCCUCGAUAAGCCACACACCUACUACACUGAAUUCCCACUCUCUGGCUCUUCAUCUUAAACCCCAAAUAGACACAGCAAACGAUGAUGCCACACUUCGGCGCCAACACCCAAACGUCUGCCUGGACCACUGGCUCCUUUCACGACCACCACAAAGCCACCACGCACAUGACCUUCUUCUGGGGCCACAAAACCAAAAUUCUUUUCAAUUGUUGGCCCGGUUCGAGCUCUGGCAUGUACGCUUUGGCGUUGAUCUUCGUCUUCACGCUCUCAUUGAUCGUGGAGUGGUUCAAAUAUUGCAGCAUCAUCAAGCCCGGGACAAAUAAGGUCGCUGCGGGUUUCUUUCGGACUGGGAUGCGCACGUUGCUUUCUGGACUUUCUUACAUGGUUAUGCUUGCGGUCAUGUCCUUUAACGGCGGCAUUUUUCUUGCUGCCGUCGGCGGGCACGCUGUUGGGUUCGUGUUUUUUGGUAAUCGGAUUUCUAAAAACUCCGAGAAGAAGCCAGAUCUCCCCUCCCAUUAACUUCAAGUGCUGAAUUUUGGCUGUGGCGAGUUUGAGUGCUAAAUCAUUCCUAAGCACUUGAAAUAUUAAAAAAAAUCUUGUGUUUUCAAUUCAACAAGACUGGAAGUCACUAAUGUAUCUUUAUUUAAUUCAAUCUCAUAAAAUAUCAUACAUAACAUAGCUAUA